AUGGACAUUCGACAAGAUACGAUGUUGUUUGUAAUUCUUUUCUGUUUUGGUUUGGCGCAUUCUAAAAAUCCUGUAUUAGAAAUACCGCGAGAAAAAGCCUGUUCUGGUACCAAUAAUGGUUUAAGUUACUCUUCAUCUUUUAUACGACAUUUUCAUAAAAUACGACGUCGUUUUAAAGGAUGCACCCAUGUUAAUGGGAACUUGGAAAUCACACAUUUGGUGGUCGAAAAUUUCGACUAUGACAUGUCGUUUCUUAAAGAUAUACGUUACGUCUCCGGCUACGUGUUAAUUGCAACCAAUAAUAAGAUUGAUAAGCUAGAACUGCCCAAUUUAGAGACAAUACGCGGUAAUCAGACAAUCAGUAUCGGAGGAAGAGAUUAUAGCCUGGCAGUGGUGCUGAAUUAUAAAUUUGGAGACCCAGGUAUUGGUUUAAAGCAACUUCACUUUCCGGCACUUAGAGAGAUAUCUAUAGGGUCGAUUCUGUUCAGUCAAAAUCCUGGUUUAUGUUUUAUUCAUACAAUCGAUUGGUCAGCAAUAAGUGGGCGUGGUCCAGAGUCUAUCAAUAUGGUAAUAAGUGAAGAUCAACCACCAUUCAAUAGAAACUGUGGUGAAUGUGCUGUUUCGUGUGAAGUUGAUAAUACAACACGUUGUUGGGGAGAUAAUCCAACUCUUUGUCAACGAAUUCUACCAAACAUAUGUCAUUCCUCCUGUCCGUAUCGUUGUUAUGGACCCGGUCCAGAUGGCUGUUGUCAUGGUAACUGUGCUGGUGGUUGUUGGGGACCUAAAGAUACAGAAUGCAACAUGUGUAAAGACUACAGAUUAUGGAACCAAUGUGUCGGAAGUUGUCCUGUCAACUAUAGUAAACUCAAUCAGUACUGUUAUAAAUAA